AUGAGCACAGACGGGGUGGAACACUCAGAGGCUCACCAUGAACAAGCAGACAAUGAACAAAAUGGAAUUGACUUCACCAGACAAAUCAAGACAGAGGUCCUCAAUGACUCUCCCCAUUCUGUCUUAUCACACAAGACAUGUCACCUGACACAAGGAGCCCCAAUAUCUGGUGGCCAGCUAUCAGGGCUCUCCUCCCUACACACCAUGCAGCAGUUGGUGCUUAUGCCAGGCUCUCACCACCUCUCACCUCCAUCCUCCUUCCUCCUCUCACAGACACAACACACGGGGCACCAAGGUAUAGCACUUCUGCAGCAGAACCUCCUCAGCUUUCCCACCCAGAGCCAGUCAGGCCUCCUCCAGCACCAGCCUGGGUUAGCAUUGACACCUCAGGCCAUGAGUCGGUCGGGCCUGACGUCGUCGUCCAUGGAAAGCCACCUGGACAUGUCCCACUUGCAGGUCCCCAAACACAUGGGGCCCCCCCAGCAGGACGAGGCCAGUGACCUGGAGGAGCUGGAACAGUUUGCCAAGGCCUUCAAACAGAGACGCAUCAAAUUGGGCUUUACCCAGGGUGAUGUAGGCCUGGCUAUGGGGAAGCUGUAUGGGAAUGACUUCAGCCAGACCACCAUCUCCCGCUUCGAGGCCCUCAACCUAAGCUUCAAGAACAUGUGCAAGCUGAAGCCUCUACUUGAGAAGUGGCUGAGUGACGCAGAAAAUUGCCCCUCUGACUCUAUGAGCAAUGCUGUCUCUCUACCCCCCCUGAUGGAAGGCUAUGGAAGGAAAAGAAAAAAGAGGACAAGCAUCGAAACCAACAUAAAGCUCACCCUGGAGAAACGCUUCCUUGACAACCCCAAGCCUAACUCGGAGGAGAUCAUGCUGAUCUCAGAGCAGCUGUCUAUGGAGAAGGAGGUGGUGCGGGUGUGGUUCUGUAACCGCAGACAGAAGCAGAAGAGGAUCUACUGCCCCGUGUCCACCUCACCAAUGAAAUCACACAACUUCAACUCCAGAAUGGCAUCCACGUCCAGAUCAUACAGCCCUCCUGCUUCAGGAGGCAAGUUGUCAUCGAGUUCCUCUCCCAAUAGUCCUACUCGUGGGCCUUCGCCUGGAACACUCCGGUCUGGCUCCGCUGCUCUGACCUCUCAGGUCAACCAGUCCUUCAGCUCACCAGGGUCGUGGUAUCGCACAUGGAACCCUACGUCCUAUCACCACUGA